AUGUUGGUAAGAUUAAAGCCUGACAGUAGAAUGGUUGAGGAGAUUGAGACGUUAUCGAGUCUUGAUGACGAGAACCGAAAAAAUGCACCAGAACCCGUUCAUUUAAAUUUUGGUGUUUCCUAUCAUAACAUCAUGGCAAAUUCCGGGGAUUGGAAUCCGACUGCUAGUUUAUCUAGGCUAGUCAACCCGAAAUUUGCCAUGCAUGAGGUUAUGGAAGCACCAAAAUUUAAAUCAACGGGCUAUGGUGCAUUUCCUCGGUUCUCGUUAUCAAGACUCGCGAACAUUAAGUCAAUCUCCUCAACCAUUCCACUGUCAGACUUUAAUCUUACCAACACAUUUUUUGAGGUCUCGUAUCCUAUUAAGUACAAAUUUGACGCUCAGAGGAAGACCACGAAUGACGACCCCAUAAUAUAUCAUCAGAAUGACCACAGGCAUGAUGGGCAAAGAUUGUCGAUGCUGCAAACAAGGUACUUCUUUUUAGGUCAUGUGAUGCACAAUCAAUUUUGCACAACUCCAUUUGUUACAGGAAGUAAAUGGAAGUACACACAAAGACAAGAAGGUGGGCCAGGCAGUGAUAAGGGCAUUCGGUGUGCAAUUGUCAAAAAUUCUGUUAAUACUCAUCUCAGUGCGGGUGAUCUUCUCCGAGCAGAGAUAAAUUCUGGUUCUGAAAAUGGGUACAAUUUUAGUAACAUGAUUAAGGAGGGAAAAAUUGUGCCUUCGGAGGUAACAAUUAAGCUUCUCCAACGAGCAAUAGAAGAAAACAGCAACGACAAGUUUCUAAUUGACGGCUUUCCUCGCAAUGAGGAAAAUUGUGCAACAUUUGAAUCUGUAACUGUGAUUGAGCCAUAAUUUUUACUCUUCUUCGAUUGUCCAGAGGAGGAAAUGGAGAGGCGCCUAUUGAGUAGGAACCAGACGCAACAUGAGACCAUUAGGAAGAGAUUUAUGGUGUACAUGUAGUCUAGUCUCCCGGUGAUAGAAUAUUACACUACUAAAGGGUUAAGCAACACCAGCAUUACACCAGAUCAAGCGCAAAGAAAGUUAUAUAUUUUGUUGGAGGUCUGAGACAACCAGCAAGAUGUUGCUUGCGUAUUUUGGACAACAUGGAGGAGGGUUCUGUUGCGUAUGACAAGGAUUCUAACAAAUCCUGUGGCUUCGUAUUCGUCACUUACAGGACUGUCGAGGCUGCAAAGAAAGCAAUUGAUGACCCACAAAUGAUGCUUGCAGUGAGGUUUAGUCAAAUUCAUUAAAAGAGAUCUGCUUCUUCCAGAAGUAGAUAUAUUCCUUAAAUCUGUGUUUUGAUUUCACAGGUUGCACCCUCAGCAUGUUUAUUUGCUAAAACAACUCGAACCUGAAUAGGUGGUUUAUCACUUCAUUAUUAUAAAUUACAUGAUAUCCCUAAUAUAAAUUUGUAAGCAUAAAUGUGCUACAUCUUGACCGUGUCAGUUCCAUACUGAACAUAAUGUUUGUUGAAUAUGAUUGUUUUAAAAAAUGGCAGAGAAGAAAUAUCACGGUGAAAUUUGAUUAAUAUUUGUAUAAUUAUUAUUAGUGUUAGAUAAUUGCUAAACUAGAAUAAUAGCAACUCUUGUAUCUAACCUAUAAAUAGGCAAUACAAAUAAUGUAUUUUUAUAUAUUUCAAUGGUGUCAUCUGAGUUGUAUUUUAUUUUAUAGACCUACUAGGUAGAGAUGUAAGAAUCCAUGAUGAUCUCUUUCAUGACUUUAUAGCCUUAAAUGAUCACAGGACUUGCACAAUGCACCAAUUUCUUCAACAAAUCCUGUUGUAGCCCCUCCAAUCCCAGACAAUUCAGGUGUUUCUUAUCCUCUCUCUUUAGAUGAUGCCAUGAGUUACAGAAUGCACCAAGUUCUUUAACAAAUCCUGUUGUGGCCACUGCAAUCCCAGACAAUUCAGCAUUGAAAGGUCUUUCAAAGGGUACUGAACGUCGAGUAAUUCCUACUCCAGAGAAGGUUGAAGAGCGAAUGGCUCUUAUCAGAGGCGAUACCUACUUUGAAUCGUGCAUCCGCAGGAGAAAAUCGUGAGAGUAUUGUAAGCGGGGUGAUGUCCAUGAUAUUCGGGUACUGUGCAACUCCAGUUUACCUCUGCGAGAAGAUCGGGUUGCAUGACUAUUUUUUCUCUGAGGAAUUUCUGGCUCCUAUGUGGAUAUGAUAGCAGUUUUCUCUGUCUCCUUGUUACUAUUCUGUAAAUUGCUUUUUUUAAUGGAGAACAAUGGAGAUGCAUACAACAUGCUAUCCCACCUUUUGUUUACUUUGAAUCUAAAGUAAUUUUUUUUUUCUAGGACGAUAAAUUUCAUUAAUAAAUGUACAAAUUUACUUUAUUUUACUCCGCUGGAUCUAGUUGGGAGGAAUCCCCUAACUAGUGUGUCUUAGGCGGAGACGAAAGGAUAUAAAUUUUUUACUUGUAAUCUUAGUGUCCUUUUUAAAUGUAAAGUAAUUAAGUUAUUGUUUUUUUACUAA